AUGCCGUCAUCGCCGUCCCGUAUGACCCAUGAUCAUCCUGUGAGGGACCAGCGCACGUCGCAUGCCGAAGGCUCGUCAGCGUCCAGAGCAUACCGACCACAAGAGACCUCCCCUAGGGCAAGGGAGUCUCCGCCCAAUGGUGAUCGAAGUCGAAGGCAGUCCCUAGUGGCGAGCCCGACACAGUCGGAUAUGUCUGUCAAAGCAGCGCCCAGGCCCUCACUCACAUCGGUAGCCUCUCGAAGUAGUCGUGUCUCCGAACAGAAGCCGACUCAUUCCCGCGAAGAUGGUAAAAAGUCCUCGAAGAAGCCCGCGUACGACGAUCCUGAUUCGGAUGUAGAAUCGACAGCCGGGGUCUCUAGGGGCAAAGGGCGUACAGGAAUGGAUGAAAAUGAGCGGCGACGGCUGGAACACAGGAGGAUGAGCAUGUUUCAGAACGACGUAGAGGAUGCCGAAAAGCCCAGAAAGUGA